AUGGCUGCGUCGGUGCAAUGCAGCAACUCCAAGCUCAUAGUGUGGGCGCUCGUCCUCGUCAUGCUGUCAGUGAUCAGCAUGCUCGUGGGAGUUGUGAAGGAUGCGUAUUGGCCGAUGGCGGUAUGUGCGUCAAUGUCGGUGCUUCUGUUUCUGCUGUUGUUCGUCGUCGUGUUCACGAAAACUGCAAGGGCAGAGGGUGGCGCUGUGAAUGACACAGAGAUGGAGAAGGAGUGCCAUUGUGUGUGGGCGGGUUGCAGCUUCGGAGAGCUGGACACGCCGACUUCCGCCGGCCUGGUCUUCAACCUCGUUUCCGUCAAGACCGACCUGAGCGACCCCGCGAACGCAAGCAACGUCACAUGGACCGCUCUGACAACAGUCAGCCGCACGCUGUCAGGGAGCAUCUCUAGCCAGAAGUCUUGUGCUUGCUGCUUGGAAGACUUUGACAUAGACACCGACGUGGCUGUCCUUCCCUGCGGUCAUGCCUACCACGAGGAGUGCAUCGCUCGCUGGGUCUUGAGGUCCGCAAAGGAAGCCUCUUGCCCUACGUGCCGAACACCUUUCGAUCACGUGGCGGAAACGAUUUUGGCAAUCUAG